CACAGCAAGCAAAGCCCUCUCUUUCCCCCCCCCCCUACACUCUUAAUCUCUAUAAACAAAUGCAGAGCACAACAGCAAUCUAAAAUUCCAUUUCACUCUGCACAAUAAAAACACAUCAUGGCCUAGCUGUUCUUGGAUCCGGAGAUUCUGGGGUCUUUAAAAUUCUUUUGUUAUCUGAUGAAUUAUAAUACUCGAACACCAUUGCUCAUAGCACACCAGAGAUGAUUUGGUUCCUCCCCAUUGUCCCUCCCUAGGCUCAUCUCCCACCCUUGUUUCACUUCCUUUUGUUGGAGUUUGUAGCCAUAGCUUACUUGUUUCUAAUGCCUGUAAAUCCAUGGACCUUCUCCUCCUCCUUCUUCUUAACCCUCUCUUCUUUUCUUCUGGUUCACUUUCCUGCUCUGGCCUUGAACCAACAAGGUCAGGCUCUUGUUUCAUGGAAGCAGAGCCUCAAUGGCUCCCCUGAGGGGCUGAGCAAUUGGGACCCGAGUGAUGAAACUCCAUGCGGGUGGUCUGGGGUCACCUGCAACUUCAACGGCCAAGUUGUGGAGCUGAAUUUGAAGUAUAUUGAUCUUCUGGGUAAGCUGCCUUCGAAUUUCACUUCAUUAUUGACCCUAAACAAGGUAGUCUUGUCAGGCACAAACCUCACCGGCUCAAUCCCAAGAGAAAUCUCUGUUCUUAAACGACUCACCUCACUAGACCUCAGCGACAAUGCACUGAGCGGUGAAAUCCCAGUCGAGAUCACCGAGCUGCCGAAGCUCGAAGAACUCUACCUCAGCACGAACAAGCUGGAGGGAUCAAUCCCGGUCCAAAUCGGAAACCUCACAAACCUGAAGUGGCUUGUUCUCUACGACAAUAAGCUCAGCGGGAACAUUCCUAGCACCAUUGGAAAUCUGCGCCAACUUCAAGUAAUCCGAGCCGGAGGAAACAAGAAUCUCGAAGGUCCUCUGCCCCAUGAGAUUGGAAACUGCACCAAUUUGGUCAUGUUGGGAUUAGCAGAAACCAGCAUUUACGGGUUCCUCCCUGCAACCCUCGGCCUACUAGAAAAGCUCGAGACUUUGGCAAUCUACACCACCCUCAUCUCCGGUCCCAUCCCCCCGGAGCUCGGAGACUGCAGCGUGCUCAGGGACAUCUAUUUGUACGAAAACUCCAUCAGCGGCUCUGUUCCUAGCAAAUUAGGGAACUUGAAGAAUCUCCAAAACCUCCUCCUAUGGCAAAACAGCCUUGUGGGGGUGAUUCCACCGGAGCUAGGCAACUGUCACCAGCUACUAGUCAUUGACAUUUCAAUGAACUCCUUGACCGGAAGCAUUCCUCAGUCUUUUGGGAGCUUGACUUCGCUUCAGGAGCUUCAGCUGAGUGUGAAUCAAAUAUCCGGCGAGAUCCCAGCACAGCUAGGAAACUGCAGGCAACUCACACAUAUCGAGCUGGAUAAUAACCAGAUCGCCGGAAGCAUUCCUUUCGAAUUCGGAAGCCUAUCCAAUCUGACAAUUCUCUUCCUGUGGCAAAACAGGCUUGAAGGAGCUAUUCCUUCGUCUAUUUCCAACUGUGUCAAUCUUGAAGCCGUUGAUUUGUCCCAGAACGCUCUGACCGGUCCUAUUCCCGGUGGGAUUUUCCGGCUUCAAAAGCUCACGAAGCUUCUACUGCUGUCCAACAAUCUAUCCAGCGAGCUUCCGCCAGAGAUCGGUAACUGCUCGUCGUUGAUUCGGUUCCGGGCGAGCGACAACCAGCUCACCGGAGCAAUCCCGCAGCAGAUUGGGAGUUUGAAGAGCUUGAAUUUCCUCGACCUCGGAUCAAAUCGGCUCAACAGGAACAUACCGGAGGGGAUCUCCGGCUGCCGGAAUCUGACUUUUCUCGACCUGCAUUCCAACUCCAUCACCGGAAACUUGCCGGCCGGUUUCAAUCUCCUUGUGUCUCUCCAGUUCAUUGAUUUUUCGGAUAAUAUGAUGGAAGGGACGUUGAGUCCUGGACUCGGUUCGCUGACGUCACUUACCAAGUUUAGUUUGGGGAAGAACCGGUUCAGCGGUUCAAUUCCGAGCGAGCUCGGUUCGUGCGGGAAGCUACAGUUACUGGACCUUGGCGGGAAUGAGCUGACAGGUACAAUCCCGGCAAGUUUGGGCAAGAUUCCGACGCUGGAGAUCUCUCUGAACCUGAGCUGGAACCAACUCUCCGGCGAGUUGCCGAAGGAGUUCGCCGAUUUGGAUAAGCUCGGCAUUCUUGACCUCUCCCACAACCACCUCACGGGCGACCUCCAACUCCUCGCCGGCAUGCAAAACCUCGUCGUCCUCAACGUCUCCCACAACAACUUCACCGGGCGCGUGCCGGACACGCCCUUCUUCUCGAAGCUCCCGGUCAGCGUCAUGUCCGGCAACCCCGCCCUCUGCCUCAUCGGUAGCCAGUGCGCCGACGCGAACCCCGGCUGGUCGCGCCGCCAUAACGUCGCCGCGCGCGUGGCGAUGAUCGUCCUCCUCUGCACCGCCUGCACGCUCCUCUUAGCUGCGCUCUACAUCAUCCUCGGGUCCCGGAAGAGGGCCCACCCCGGGUUCUUCGGCGGGUCCCACGACCCCGACCCGGAGGAAGACAGUGAAGUCGACGUGGGCCCACCGUGGGAGGUGACGCUGUACCAGAAGCUCGACCUCUCCAUCGUCGACGUGGCGAAAAGCCUGACGCCUGCCAACGCCAUAGGCCGGGGCCGGUCCGGCGUCGUGUACCACGUGUCCAUCCCAGCGGGACUCUCGCUGGCCGUGAAGAGAUUCCACACGGCCGAGAAACACUCGGCUUCCGCGUUUUCCUCCGAGAUUGCCACGCUGGCGAGAAUAAGGCACCGUAACAUCGUCAGGCUGCUGGGAUGGGGGGCCAACCGGAGAACGAAGUUACUGUUUUACGAUUACUUACCGCAAGGUAAUUUGGGGAGUUUACUCCACGAGGGGUGCGCAGGAUUAGUAGAGUGGGAUACGCGGUUCAAGAUAGCGCUGGGCGUGGCGGAGGGGUUGGCUUAUUUGCACCACAAUUGCCAGCCGCCUAUUUUGCACCGGGAUGUGAAGGCUCAGAACAUUUUGCUCGGGGAUCAAUACGAGGCCGUUUUAGCCGACUUUGGGUUAGCUAGGUUGGUUGAAGACGAUCAAAACGCACCGUUUUCGGCUAACCCUCAGUUUGCUGGUUCUUACGGCUACAUUGCGCCUGAAUAUGCAUGCAUGCUGAAAAUUACUGCGAAAAGUGAUGUCUAUAGCUAUGGGGUAGUCCUUUUGGAGAUUAUAACAGGGAAAAGGCCAGUGGAUCCAUCAUUCACCGACGGCCAGCAUGUGAUUCAGUGGGUGCGAGAACACCUGAAGAGCAAGAAGGACCCAGUAGAGAUUCUUGAUCAGAAGCUGCAAGGCUACCCGGAUACGCAGAUACAAGAAAUGCUCCAAGCGCUUGGAAUUUCCCUUCUAUGUACCAGCAACAGGGCGGAAGAUCGUCCCACGAUGAAGGAUGUGGCUGCAUUGUUGAGAGAAAUUCGACACGAUCAGCCUGCGGCAGGAAGUGAGGCGCAGAAGCCUGCUAGCACCGCGCUGAAGAAUACAUCUUCUUCCGUGACUCCAGCUCAACUGCUGAUGAUGCAAGGGUCUUCUCAUUGCUCACUUGCCUACUCCUCGUCGGCUGGUUAUCUUUCAAGAUCGCAAUAACAAUGUCAUGCUGUAGGAAAAUAUUAUUUGUUAUGAGUAAUUAGGCUUGAUAUUAUUUGUAGGAGUAGCUAGGGCAAUAUAAUUGGCAUAUUGAGUGUACAGCAGCUUGACAUUAUUGUACUACUAGUUAGUAGUGAAUGAAGGGGGCAUUUCACU